AUGUGCUUCAAGAAGGUAACCAUCUGUAAUGCUAAGGGUGGUUUGGAUUAUGGGAGAAAUCAGAAGCAGGACAGGUCAGGAGCUUUUGGGGCUGGCAAAAAGACCACAGAUGAGGAGCUGGAGGAGAUGUUGGAGAGUGGGAAACCUGCCAUCUUCAUUUCUGGGUUGAAUAUCAUGGACUCCCAGAUUUCCAAGCAAGCCCUCAGUGAGAUUGAGGGGCAGCACAAGGACAUUGUGAGGCUGGAGAGCAGCAUCAAGGUUCAUGACAUGUUUAUGGACAUCACCAUGCUGGUGAAGAAUCAGGGUGAGAUGCUAGAUAACAUAGAGCUGAAUGUCAUGCACACAGUGGACCAUGUGGAGAAGGCACAGGAAGAAACAAAAAGAGCCAUGAAGUACCAGGGUCAGGCCCGGAAGAAAUUGAUAAUUAUCAUUGUGGUAGUAGUGGUGUUCCUGGGCGUUUUAGCAUUGAUUAUUGGACUUUCCGUUGGGCUAAGUAAUGGCGGCCCGAGUGGUUGCUGCACUGAAAUUAAGUAA